GAUGUCUGGGAUGUCAGGGAUGUCUGGAAUGUCAAGAAUAUCAGGAAUGUCAGGGAUGGUUAAUCACACGGGGAUAACAGGAAUGGCAACCGAAGGCUUUUGUGACUCUCAUUGUGGCAAUAAUUUUGAAAUACUAAUAAUCCUGAUGUCUAUAGCGGGCAUAAUAGGUCGUCCCGCUAUGGCCGGUAAUGUGAUCAUAUCAUUCAGAAUUGUUGACGAGGAAGAUAAAAGCCUGGCCAUGGGUGUAGCAGGGGGGUUGGGUUCAUUAAUAGCAUACAUACCAUACCCGCUGGUGUUUGGGUGGGUGACUAACACGGCGUGCGAGGUAUGGGAGUCCAAGUGUGGAAAAACGGGUAAUUGUCUGGUGUAUGACGUGGAUAAGUUU